CGGCCGUAACGUAGAGAGAAAGUCAGUCCGACGUUGGCGCCGCAACAGACGUACGGUUAGGUAGAGAACGCGCCUCCCCCGUAAAAAGCCACCCUCCUCCUGCCCCCGAUUGCCUCACCCAUCGAGAAUCGGGGUACCACCCGCGAACGCUCUCUGUCGAUUAAUCGCGCGGUGGUAUAUAUGCACAAGAGAGGGGGGGCAAGAGGCAAAGAGGAAAAGUAAAGUAAGGCGCGGAUGUGACGCGCCGAACGCACGCGGAGGCAACAUCAUUGAGGAAUAUUUUUAAAGGAAGAAGAGGAAGAUUAUUCGCGCGACCCAGAUCCGUAUCCAGUGGGGGAUCGAGAUUGAUCCUCGGUGUUAGUCGAGGGUGUGGACCACGUAUAAUCGCGGGGUUACCAGUGACGAACGAGCGGGUCGCGCAAGAGAGGAUAAUUGCGGUGCCCGCAGUGCCUUUUUCCUUUCGUUCUCCGUUUUUUCGGCGCGGGCCACCGUCUCACCAUCUUUUCAGUCCCACCCCUACCGAUUGGCACGGUCAGUUCGACCCUCGUGGCCCCGCGUGGACGCUCCAAAGUGGCCGAGUGAUUCUUCGUCUCUGCCGUGGGUGUUUAUCCCUCGUCCCAUUCUCGCUGAGAGACCCCAGCCGCCAGCAUGCUUUCGUCCGCGAGGGCUUUCCCGCCGAUUCUCGCCGUGGCGCUCGUCGUCUGCAUCGGUGUCGCGCACGGUAUUAGAUGUUACAAAUGCGGACAGUACAACGAGGGAGUUGGCAGCAUUACACCGUGCAUUAAUUACACCUCACACAUGCUGAUGGAGUGCCCAUCCCCGGACCAAUGGUGCAUCAAAUACGUCAGCGAAGGAUCGAUCGUGCGGGACUGCGUGCCCCAGUGCGUCGAGAAAGAGGCCUGGAGCACGAGGACGUACUGUUGCCAGCAGGAUGGCUGCAAUUCCGGCCCGUCGUUGACAGCGUCGAGCAGCACGUAUUUCGUCCUAGCGAUCUCGCUGGCGGUCCUCGUGGUGUGCCGAAGCCUCCGUGGCUAAUAACGUGUCGUCCUGCAGGAGGAAGGACUCGCGCGCCGCGGGCGUCUCACACGGCAUCCUUCACAAAACUUGGAUCACAAAAAAAAACUUGCACGGGGAGGGAAGUGGGAAGGGAAACGUUGCACCUUGCAUCUCAGACGUCUGCGCCGAACGAUUGGGGCUGUCUAUCGCCGGCGGAUAUCACGGAGAGACGUCGAUAGUCGUCCUUUGGUCCUUCAAUCCUUCCGUCGGAAAGCCGAAUAAAAAGUUCACCGCUUUAUCAUUUAUAAUGGAACAUAUCCUCCUCCUCGCGACGAUUGACGCGCGCUUUCUGCUUUCUGAUAUCGGUUACUCCGAAAGCGUUUAAUCGAAAUAAAGUUGAAACUCGCGCGUAAUCAGCGAACGCUGCAAUGCAUAGUAUCCUUUAAAAAAAAAAAGUUUCUAACUUUAACCAGCUGCACAACAGUAAUCAUUCGCUGUGGAAAUUGACAUGAGCGUUAUUUGUUACUUCUGUUAACCGACGAUUUAUAUUUAGUAAAAAACGCUGAGGCAACGUUUCUUUAAAAAAGUUAUCUCAUAAGGUAUACAUCUAUUAUUCAUGUAAUACAAAUAAUCAUUCCUUGAGAUGCUCGUUAUACAUUUUUACGCUUUCGUUUUUCAAUUUUCCUUUCCUUGUCAUUCAAAAUUAUAAUAUCGAAAGGUAAAUCCAACGUGUCGAGGGUAUAAUUAUUUUGUUUUUAAAGAAUACAAUUUGUCGAGUAAAUCCUACGGACGGUUGUUUGGAAAAAUGUAAAAAAAUUUAGUAACGCACACAUAACGAAUGUUGUGUCACGAUUAUUCCCAAGCAUUUAUUCUCCGAUUAAAUGUCACGUCUAAGCGACUCGUACCGUUAGCCUGCCAUUUCGCGCGAACGGUGUCCACGUCGUACAAUCAACGGCCGACUCAAUUCAGCGAACGCUGAAUGCACUUGCUAAACUCGGACCGAGUUAAGUGACGCGGAGAAAUCGGCUCGUUAAAUCCGAUGCAUUAUCGCGCCAACUUCGCUCGCUCUAUUAAACUCACACGCUUCCGCAUACUUUUACGGAUCGACUGCCCUCGACACGGUAAAGUUCUCUCCGAUCGGAUUUGAUUGAAGGUUCGUCUGGUGAGUCUCGCUCCAAAUCUCUCACGGCAGGUGAGGCGACAUUUCGCACAAAAUCAAUCAUUAUCAAUCGACGAACUCGCGGUUAUUCGAAUUUCUUUAUUAUUCAGAUAGUCAACAAGAAAAGAAGACAAGAAUUUUUCCAAAAAAUAUUUCUGGUCCGAUGCCCGGAAGCUCCGGAAAUACGUACUCCGCACGCGAUUUCUCGGACAAUGAAAUAAUCGGCAUAGCAGUGAUAUUUAACACUCGGGCAACACGCGAUACGAGGACGACAAAGAGUCCGAAAAUAGUCGCCAUCACCAUCAUCAUCGUACCGCGCUUAUCCGCUUUCACGGUAGCUUUCGUGCGAGCCAACUUUGCAGACGUACUUCCCUCGGCGCGAUGCGUGAUCAGCUUUUUUUCCCGUUGCUUUACCAGACUGUAUUUUUUGUACAACUGAGCUAGUAGCUUUUCCGUAGCUACCACAUAUAUUAAUCGGUCUAUCAUCUAUAGAACUUUGCUUGGAAAAAACGAACUCUUAGACAAGAGAAUGAUGAUGUCACGUUGGAUUUAUCUUUAAGAGUCUUAUGAUUUUAAUUUAAAAAGUAUACCAAGAAAAAGGCAACAUUUUAAAAAUAUUUUCUUUGUGAAAAAAGUCUAUCCUCUGAUGAAAAAAAAUUCAAACAAAAGAAAGAGCAGAUACGACGCAUUCUAACAUCGUUCUCCGUAUCGUGAUUUUUUUUCUCCUCCGAACUCUCUCCGGUCAGCUCCCUGUCGUGGGACGGCACUCUGUCGACCUCCAACGGCGGAUUGAAUUUAUUCAAAAAGUUUCGGCGUCCCAUUUUUCGUCAGGCGUUUUAUCGACGCUUCUUCCGUCACAUCUUCCGUCCGUCCCGCCGUUGCGCCGGUCUCGUACAUGCGAAUUUAAUAACAUCAGGACGACCGACGGAUUGGCGGGCCGAAAAAACGACGGCCGAAGAGUGCAGGAGCCAAUAUAUCAAUAUUUCGUACGAACGUCGCGCGAUGUGUGUUCGAGUUUCAUGAAUAUUUCGGCGUGUCAUGCGCUUUUCAUUAUACCCGAACACUUUUCUAAGCCGCACCGCGCGAGAAUACUCCCCGUCUCGCAGUUGUUAUUAAUCCUUUAAAGCGUAACUCUGAGAUUCUACGUGAAAUAUACGUCGAUGAAAAUAUAGUCGAUUUAAAAAAUUUUUUGAAAAAUUUAACAUAUCUAAAACGCUUCCAAAUAGACAAAAAAUAAUUUUGUUAAAGAAAAGUAAUUCUAUUUAAAAAAAAAAAGAUUAAUUAUAUUUAUAUUGAAAUAUCUCUAAAAAACGAAGUUUUAUAACUUGCCUGAUUUAUAGUACAUUUAAAAAAAAAAAGCCUUGAAUAUUUAAAGAAUGAAGCUAAAAAUGGCGUAGCGAAAGGAGCCGGGGUACGCUUUAAUGAGUUAUUGAUGCCCAAACGUGUCAGAAUGCCAAUAUCGUUCGGGAACAUUGCUUUUUCGUGGGCAUCUUUUUAAAACAGUUAAACCCUCAUGAUCUUUUUUAACGCUGUGGCAGUGAUUAUCGAUUGUACUGCGAUCGUAUCAAUAUGAUGCCCCGUUUCUCUUAUUGUGAAGAAAAAUUCGAUACAACGAUAAAAAGAGUUUGACCUAUCGCGAUUUCGUUUUUUGCCCUUUAUUCCAGCAAAGCCGAUCAUCGUUUGAAUGAUGAACUUUAUUACAUCAGAAAGAGAGAGAGAGAGAGAGAGAGAGAGAGAGAGAGCACACGCAAUAAGAAAUUCAAGCUCGUCUGCAUCGUCUGUGCGAAGAGAGAGAGAGAGAGAGAGAGAGAGAGAGAGAGAGAGAGAGAGAGCGAGAGAGUUAUUUUGUCGUUUCAUGCACAUAAAAGAUAUUUCCGGAACGGAAGUUACAAGGAAGAGAGACUCUAGUCUCUCGGGACACAAAAAAUAAAUUAAUAGUACCGAUAAAUUAGAAAUUGGAUGUGUGUUGCCUACAGAGAAAACGCAUUAAGCUCUUUCAAUAAAACGAGCAUCUAUAUCAGAAGUUAAUUCCGUUUCCUUGUAUGUACAUUCUUGGACUGGUUUGUGAUAUUUCAAAAGAGUUAGAUGGUCCUUUUGCAUAUACCUAUAGCGGACAUCAAACGCAUCUUUCCACAAGAGCAGUUCACAAGUCAGUUUCGUCCAUUGUCCUUACGACCGGAUCGAUUACGGGGGAUCGUUGCAUACGCAAUUGAGAUAUCCCAAUCAAAGUUUCAAUCCGAUCGAGUCAAUUUACAACAAAGAGGACACAGUUAUGUCCUGACAUAUCCUGCUUCUUUGGGGACGACUUGAGACGGAUGUUUUUUAGCCGCUUAUAUCGAUUCGCGACGAAAGAGAGCACCGGCGGUUCGGCAGCUCGAGCGGAAAGGAAACGAGAUGUUCUCCGCGCGAAAAGAAUCGGUAUCGAUACAUUGGACCAUAAUCGUUGUCAACGACAUCGACGUUACUAAAGAUCGAGCACUUAAGGGAGCUGAUGCAGCAACGGAGCCAGCGACAGCGAAACAAAAAUGGUUGCUUCUGUCGCUCGGCAAGCACUUCCUAGCCGUAAGAUACACACAAAGAGAGAUUGAGAGAGAGAGAGAGAGAGAGAGAGAGAGAGAGAGAGAGAAAGAGAGAGCGAGAAAAGAAGGAAGAGGAUCGGACAAACGGAUAACGUGGAUAACCUACAUACAGAUAAUGUUUAAACAGAGGAACAGUGAGGAUAACAAUAAUGAUGUUAUUAUUACUACUAUUACUACUAUUAUUAUUACUACUAUUGCUACUAAUUACCAUUACUAUUAUGAACUACUGUGCAUCACACCGAGUAUAUAUAUAGUAGUUACGAUCGAUUAGGCGAAUGCGAGCAAGCGGAGUUGUCGAUUAUUAUGUAACCGCUUCAAGUAGCCUUAUAAAUUGUAAUUAAAGCGCGGAUAAUCUACAUCUAUCACCGGGUGGCGCGAAGGGACGCGGCAUUAUCCCAAUUUUCAUAUUGGCGGAAAUUCGUUAUUCAAUUAACAUUUAAUUAAUCCAAUGUCAGAGAAUCACACGCUUGUAACUUGCGACCGAGCAUUGAAUUCCCGUUUUUUCUCGAUUCGAACAUCCUUCCAUCGAAAUUAACGAUAUUCAAAAAACACGUCACUUACGAGGAUCGGUUCUUCCCGUUUCGAAAACGGAGAAGGAAAAAACCUCGUUCUGUUCCUCUUGUGCCACUCGGUACAUACGUCAACGUAAUGAAUCACGAGCAGGUAGGCAAGAAAC